GUUCGAUAAAUCAUACUACUUUAUGAAACAUAAUACCAAUAUAUGUUGCUAUAAUUACAGAAUUCAGUAUAAGAUUAAUAUUUCAUGUCAAUACAUAGGAAAUUCCUACCAUGAAAUCCUUGAUUCUUUAGCGCAUUGUAAUUAUCUGUGCGUGUAUUUGUGUAGCGGGAAACUAACUUAAUCGGUAGAGUUUGCGUGUCCUCCAUGUCACCGAUGUCCCCGUACAAUAAAUCGGAAGACAAUGGUUUUCCGACUUCGAAAUAUACGAAAUAUUUUCAGUCUUUCUUUGAACUUCGUUUGAAAUAGAUCAAGCAGAUUAUAAUUGAAUUUUAAUAUCAAAAAAUAAAAUAUUAAAUUGAAUUUUAAAUUGAAAUUUGACAUAUACAUAUCAUAGAAACAUGAUGAGACGAAAAAAGGGUGGUUUAAGUUCUACAAGAAAAAUGGCUAAAAAAACAACACCAACGGCAUUACAAACUGAAAUUUCUAACAACGAAGAAUGGGAGAAACUUCUUACAAAAACAGGUUUAAUAGUGGUUGAUAUAUAUUCAGAAUGGAGUGGGCCUUGCACAGGAAUGAUAAGCACUCUCAAAAAAAUUAAAAUGGAAAUUGGAGGAGAUGCCUUAAGUUAUGCCACGGCAAAAUGUGAUUAUAUUACGGACUUAGAGCGUUUUCAAGGAAAAAGUGAGCCAACGUGGAUGUUCAUACGCAAUGGUCGGAUGAUAAAUCUUGUAUUUGGUGCUCAAUGCCCACAGUUAUUAAAAGUAUUAACGACGGAAUUGCAACGAGUACAAAGUGGCGAAGAACACGAGUUUUCCUUAGAUAUAUCGGAAAGAAGUCCAGAAGAAAUAAAACGAUUAAAAAUUAUUGAAGAAACUAGAAUAGCUAAAGAAGCUGCAAAAAAAUCACGAAAAGAAGCUGAAGCAAAAGCACGAUAUGAAGCCGAAAUGCUGCAUUUAACCACUGUUCUGAGCAAUGAAACUUGCCUUUUACUUUAUCCAUGGGUUUUUAAGGAUGAAGAAGGUCGUAAGAGAGAUAAAAAAUUAAGUCCACCAUAUAUAGAAUUAGUUGAAGAAAUAUUAUUAGGAAAUUACACUAUCGAACAAGAAAUUCGAAAACGUCUUAAUGAUGAUAUUCUGGCUACGAUAUUUAAUGAAUCUGAUUACAUAUUAUCGCCAAAUGCUAAACAACUGCUUUUAGAUGGAAAAUGUAUGUUCAUGCGAUUAAAAAUUAACGAAACGAAAUCAGAAAUUGAUAUUCAUAAAUAUUUAUUGAAUCUUUUAUUUGGAAAACCGGAAUUACCCAAUAAGGAAACUAUUGUUAGCGAAGAAUAUUACGCUGGUCGACAUCGUCCUGCUUAUAUAACAAACGAAAAUGAAAAUGAAAUUUUUCCAAUUGUAUGGACACCACCAAACUGUCAAAAUAAAACAAUUAUUUUUCGCACAAUUUUUCCUACUUAUAUUAUCAAUACAUAUCCCUAUGAAGAUAAAACUGCAAAGGUACCUAUAAUAGUAUUCAAAUAUGACUAUACAAGAAAGAACGAGCUAAAAGUGGUUUUACAAGAAUUUGAAGAUGAAGUAGUUAAUUUUGGCAUUUUUGAAUCUGAUAAACCACCAGAAGCAAAACUUAUAGCAAAGAGUAUUAUAGAUUUUGAAUUGAAUACGAAAGAAAGAACAGGAUAUGAAACAUUUGUAUGUGUCGUAAAAAAAGUAGGAUGUGAAGCAUUUUUAGGAUUUGCUGGCAUUGGACCCUAUCAUGUAAGUGAAAAUCCAGAAAAAGGUACAGAGGAAUCAAAGUUAUAUUUUCCGAAUGUUAUUCAUUCUGAAGAAAUACAAUCAGAUGAUGAAGAAAAACCGGAAGAAUUAGAAAAUCCAGAAAACAAAAAUGAGAUAACAUGAAAUUCAAUUGUUCUUGUUAUUAUAUUUAAAUUUAUAUAUAUAUAUAUAUAUAUGAGCAAUGUUAUAUUUAAUAUAAUUUAAUAUUAUAAUGAUUUUCAACUUUGUAGUUAAUAAAAAGUGAAGGAAUUAAUAAUAUAUAAAGACGUUAUUAAGAAGCCAACAUUUAUUUUCCAGCCACCUCAACUUAGUAUAUAAAAAAAUGAAA